CUUGUGCCCGCCCCGGGAGGCGGAGCGGGGCGGCACUGCCGUGCCCCCGGCGGCGGACAUGGUGCUGCUGAGCGCGCCGCGCUGGCUCCGCAGCCGCCUGAGCGACCGCUUCUGGAGGGUGCAGGAGGUGCUCAAGUAUGCGCGGCAUUUUCGUGGAAGGAAGAACCGCUGCUAUAAGUUGGCUGUACGAAGUGUUCGGAGAGCUUUUGUGAAGUCUACAAAGGCCAGAAGAGAGAAGAAGAGGUUCCUGAGAGCGCUCUGGAUCACUAGGAUUGGAGCAGCUUCUCUUGAACAUGGUUUGAAAUACCCAGCUUUCAUAAGCAAUCUGCUUAAGUCCCAGGUGGAGCUGAAUAAGAAAAUGCUUGCUGAUUUGGCUAUCUAUGAGCCAAAGACAUUCAAGUCCCUAGCUGCCUUAGCCCAGAGGAGGCGACAAGAAGGCUUCCUUGCUGCCCUCGGAGAUGGAAAGGAACCAGAGGGGAUAUUUUCACGUAUCGUACACCAUUAUUGACACCAAGAGUCUGCAGAUAUGUGUAAUAAACAGGAACUUGUCUGACAGGGUAAACUUGCUCACUGUCUGCAGCUAAGGUCAGAGCUGUGGAACAAAAUCCUCCAAAGAUGAUGCUUACAGCAGGGAAGAAGGGUUGGGUCAGGGUGUGAAGUUUGUGCGUGGAUGACUUUUUUUUUCCAAAAUUUUGUUAGAAGUGAAAUGUGUUAAAAUAUAUCGUUACAAGUGAAACGCAUUGAGUUAAAAAUCGCAGCUCAACCUUAGCAGCGGUGAGGCGAGCCUGUUGCAGUUCCAAUGUUAAAAUAUGUAUAGCGCGCACAUACUUUCUGUUCCGUGAAGAGCUUAAUAAAGGUGUUUUGUGUG